GUUACUAUGGCGACGGGGCUGGUGAGGGAGACCGUUGGAGACUUCUUGCGGCAUACUUGAGGGCUGCGGAGGCUGGCGUUGGAUAAGGAGUGUUUAACAUCUGCGUGUCCAGCUGUCUCAGCACACAGCUGUUGGCAGCUGACUUCUGAGCGAGGCAGGCCACAGCUUGGGCAGAGUGCGAAGAAUUUGCAGCUGUCUUGUGUGGCGUCUGCCGGAAGUUCCCACAGCAGUUUCCCAUUGCCUUCAAGUUGCUAUCUAAUAAGAAGUUUUGAGGCCCAAGGUGAACUUCGGGUGUGAAGGUCAUGGACCAAAAGGUGCCCCCGGUUAGGGUCUCUCCGCUCAUCAAGUUCAGCAGGUACUCCGCUCUGAUCCUCGGCAUAGCAUACGGCAGCAAGCGCUACAGUUACCUGAAACCCCGGGCAGAAGAGCAGAGGAGGAUAGAAGCGGAGGAAAAGAAGAGACUAGAUGAGUUGAAAAGGAUUGCGAGAGAAUUGGCAGAAGCUCAAGAUGACAGCAUUCUCAAGUGAGGCACCAGUGAGCUUGCCCUUGGUAGUCUAAGCUCCACCCCACACUUACCUGGCAACAGCCAGGCAUGCCCUGCCCCAUUGACCUGGCCCACUAUAAAAGGGGCUACUUGCCCCUCCUCUCUCUCUCAUCUCUCCUGCUUCUUGGCACUCUCACCCCUCUGCCCCUCUUGGGCUCUCCUCCCCUCCCCCCUCUCCACUUCUCUACUCUCUCUCUCUGUCUCUCUCUCUCUCUCUCUCUCUCUCUGUGCCUCUCUAACUCCCAUCCUCUGCCCUGAAUAAACUCUAUUC